UUUAAUUAAGAAAUAAAUGGCAGAAUUGAAACCCGCAACAGUUCUAGAACCUGGUUAUGCUAUUACCAGGGAGUAAAUUAAGACUCUUAGAACCCAGGAUGGGAAUAUGUACUUGUUGGGGUACAUAAACUAUGGAUCUGACAAUCCCUAGCCCUGUGCUGUCAAAAUUAAUAAUCUACACUAAGAGGUUAUUGGAUAUUCUCUAAAAUAGGAAGCCCGUAUUUCAGCUUAAAGAGAGAGAGAGGUGCUGAUGAGAGUAAAUCAUAAAAACAUUGCCCGAACAUAUAAAAUUAUAGAGAAAGACAAUAAGAUGUACAUUUUUAAGGAGUAUGAUGUACAAAUAACUUUGUAAAUAAUGAUCUAAAGAUUAAUGCGAGCAUCAUAGAAUGUUGAUGAAAGUAUCAAGUUUAAUUCAUUAUAUUAGUGAAUAUAUUGAAUUUAGGUGCUCAGUUGAUACAUUGUCUUAAUUAUAUGGAAACUUUGUCUUUAACAAACAGAGAUUUGAACCCUUCAAAUGUUUUAUUUAGUUCUGAUAAUAUUUAUAAGAUUUUUGAUUUUGGAUCAUCAAGAAUCAUAGAUGAAAAUCAAAUAUUACAAUCUAUGGCUGUUGGAGGCAAUGAAGUAUUGAAUUUAGUUAUUUAUAGUUCUUUAUGAGUCCUUAAAUGUUGGGAAUUGAUGAUUCGACCGAAAUUGAUUAUUACAAAAGUGAUAUUUGGAGUCUGGGCAUGAUUUUAUAUUACUUUGGAGAAAACCAAUUCCCAUGGAGAAAGGAAAUCCAAUAAGGUGAUCCAGAUUUUGAAGCUGAAAUUGAAAAAAUGAGUAGAUAAAAACUUCCAUUCCAAAAAAUCAAAACUGAGCAAUUAAGAAAUUUGAUUAGGAAAAUGUUGGAAUUCAAUUAAGAAAAGAGAGCUUCUGCUAAGGAAUUACUUGAAGAAAAAAUCAUCAAAGAUUAAUUGAAAGUAUUAUAUCCAUAAGUAUUAUUAUUUCUUAAUACAAUUUAGGAAGCCAAAUUAGAAUUUGUCACUGAAUUGAUUCAAAGAUAGGAAGAAAUGAACACUAAAUAACCACUUGAUGAAACAUUUAAAGAAUUAAUUUUCAAUAUUUUAAUCAGAUAUUUCACUGAAAAUAAGAAUUUUAUCAAUUAGGGAUCAUAAGUUUAUAAGGCUUAUCAUUCCUUGUUGGACUAUCAGAUGUUCAACAAAAAAUAGUUGUGGCAAAAUUUUAAAAUCAAAUACUGCACCAAGAUGUUUAUAAAAAACUUUGUUAAUGAAUAUAAAAGACAAUCCGAAUUAAGCACUCGCUAACAAUAGGAAUUAUUGUUAUUGUUGUAGACUAUUGAUUCUUAAAAAGCAUUCCCUAAUGAUCCUUAAUAAUUGAUUGAAUUAGCAGAGAAAUAAUAUUUAACAGAUUGAACCCAU